AGGGAGGCCAAGUCAUCAUGUCCUUGGGGAAAUCCGGGAGGUCAAAGGCGCCCCAGCAGGAGAAGGAUGGCUUUCACCUGGUGUCGAACAAAGAUACACAAUGGCAUGACAGAACUCAAGCGCAAAACUUCAAGGACAUUCGAUACCACACGAGCGACGAAGGUAUCGCCAAGAUCACUAUCAACAGGCCAGAAGUUCACAAUGCGUUCAGACCUCUCACGAUCCAGGAACUCCGGACGGCGUUUGCUCUUGCGCAGGACGAUGUUUCUAUAGGAGUGAUCAUUCUUUGCGGGGAAGGGCCCAACGCCUUUUGCUCGGGAGGGGAUCAGACGCUGAGAGGAGAAGGAGGGUACGAUGACGGGACAGAACCUGUGCCGAGACUCUCUGUGCUGGACCUCCAGGUUCAGAUGAGGAGGUGCCCGAAGCCUGUGAUCGCCAUGAUCGCUGGAUACGCGGUGGGAGGCGGGCACAUUCUGCACAUGGUUUGCGACUUGUCGCUUGCGGCAGACAACGCUCUCUUCGGGCAGACCGGGCCCAAGGUUGGAAGUUUCGACGCGGGGUAUGGCUCUUCUCAUAUGGCGCGGAUAGUCGGGCAGAAGAAGGCCAGGGAGAUCUGGUUCCUUUGCAGGUUGUACAACGCCAAGGAGGCACUGGAGAUGAAGCUUGUCAAUUCUGUUGUACCUCUUGCCGAGCUAGAGAGGGAGACUUUAAGAUGGUGCCGUCGCAUCCUAGCUCUCAGUCCAACAGCUCUGGCCUGUCUCAAAGCAGCGAUCAACGCAGACGAGGACGGGCAGGCAGGGAUCAUGGAGCUGGCCGGCCAGGCCACCCGCUUGUAUUAUCUCUCCGAAGAAGGGAAAGAAGGAAGAAAUGCGUUCGUACAGCGACGCCCUCCCGCCUUCCGCUCUAUCCCUUCUUCACGGCUGUGA